AUGUCACACUCUGGCGACUUGGACAGGAAGAUCCACCAGGACCUUCAUCUGGGCUGUUUGACAAGAACUCAGCUUGUUAUUGUCUCUGUUGCAAUUGGACUUGUGGUGCUGGCGGCCGUCAUCGCUGUGCCUGUUGUGUUGCUCACCAAAACCGAAGAUCUCCCUGAUGUCCCUCAUGUUCCGUUUCCGACUGAUGGAGACAUGCUGGAUUACCUGGUGCAGACGGGCGAGAUCGAAAAACCCGAUGGCCUCCUGGCUAAGUGGUUUCACCGAGCCAACAGCAAGGAGGAGAUGAACAAGGCCUUAGAAAGUGAUGCCAUGAUCCUGGAGGCUGACGUCACUCUGGAGGGUUAUGGGACCCCCAAUGAGAAACCUGUGCCCAUAAUGGCCCACCCUCCGAGCAUCUACAGCAACAACACUCUGGAUGAAUGGUUAGAUGCAGUGCUGUCCUCCAGAAAAGGUGUGAAGUUGGACUUCAAGGCCCUGAAGUCUGUGGGUCUGUCAUUGGACCUGCUGAGGCAGAAGAACCAGAGUCGAGGGAUAAACAGACCGGUGUGGCUGAACGCUGACAUCCUUGUGGGACCCAAUGUGCCGUCAUACAUGCCCACAGUCAAUGGAACCAGAUUUCUACAGUUGAUACAGGAGAAGUUCCCCGAUGUGACGUUAUCCACUGGAUGGAUGGUGGGUUACGCACCGCCAUUUUUUACAAACAGUUACAGCAGGGCCAUGGUGGAAGACAUGUACAACAUGGUCAAAGACCUUCCUCAAAUGGUGACGUUCCCAGUGCACGCUCUUCUUGUUCGAAAAGGCUGGCAGCACAUCAGUUGGCUUCUUAGCCAGUCGCCAAGGUUCAGUCUGACACUGUGGCAGGGUUCUACUCAUCCAAACGUCAGCGAUCUUCUCUUUGUUCGGGACAACAGCCACCCAGCCAGGGUCUACUACGACAUAUAUGAGCCCACACUGUCUGAAUUCCAGCAGGCUGCACGACAGAUGGGUCGGGUUAGGAGCUUCUAUCCUGGAGGAGAUCUCAUGGACUUCCUUGAUCACAAACGCAGAAACAAACUCUCCAUGAAUGUCCGCUGGCUCAUUGUCACAGACCGGGACACACUUUCAGCUGCACUUUCAGACAGUACUGGUGGAAUGCUGGUCAUAAAGAUAGGAUCGAAAAAUGGGCACCCAGAUGCACCCCUUGUGGAAACCACUGUAGAUAAAGAGACAUUGAGAUUGCAGGAUGUGCUGCAGAUUCUCCAGAAUACAGCUGAUGUCUCAUGGGGGCUGUACCUCAGGGUUCCUUCCAUGUUGCUUCUAGAAGCUUCUCUCAGGGAGCUACAGUUGGCCUACAGCAGAGAUGAGCUCCACAGGCCUGUUUGGAUCAGCCUGGAGGGAUCACCUUCUCCCCCACCUCAUCAGGAAUUUGUAUCAGUCGUGGAAAGAACUUUCCCGUACGUCACUCUGGUCCUGGAGCAACGCAGCUGGCCACCUGUGAUACCAUCGCCCCUGACAGGCUUGUCUCAAAGAGUCGCACUGCACCUACGCUCCAGAGGUCUUCCAAAGAGGGAGCUUCACUCUUUGGUCAAGAUGAUGGACAGUUAUGAUGUCUUAGUUGAGGAGGACCCGGGAAGCAGAGACGCAACUGUGGCUGACCUUAAGGAACUGGUGAUUAAAGAAGGAGCACGCGGAAACUUGUAUUUGGAAUGUCAGAAUGGUUAUUAA